ACCGAAAUCCGUGUCAUUCGCCGCCCGACUUCGGUCCGGUAAACAAGUUGAGCGCAAUUUUCCUUUUAGUCUCCUUCUGUACAUACAUAUAGUUAAAAGAGAAGUGUUUUUGAGAUUGUAUUGUUUGAACCCUAAUUAUACCGAGCGCAGUAUAGUUAGUAAUUAAGUGGACUUAGUGCAUAGUUUGAAAGUGUUUUGGCGAGAGCAAUAAGUGCUUGUUAAGUGUCCGUGUGUGGUGACAUGCUAGUAUGGCUUCAACGCAGCUCCAAGCACGCCCUCCAAUGGGCCUCCUGACGACGGUGGCCGAUCUGCCGCCAAGCUACAAGGCGCAAUAUGUUAGUGUUGUUGGAUCCGUUACGAAAGUAUCUGGCGAAUCACCGCUGGAUUUGACGGUGAAGCAAAGUUUCGGGGGUGCAAUUACACCGCCACUGACGCCGUCGCCGUUGAAGAAAAGAUACCGAGAGGAUAAUGAUGAGAAUCGUGACGGAAAUCGGGCCGCCAAACAGAUCAAAGUUGAACCGUUGGCGGAAAUCAAGAAGGAAGCCACACCAGUGAAACCUGUUAAGGUCAGUGUGGCUCCCAAGAGUUCAAAGAACCCUCCUCCGAUGGGUCCGCUUUCCAAAGAACGUCGUACGAAAGCGUCUAGAAAAUUAAAGUUUGAUGAGGAGACCACCUCGCCCGUAUCUGGUACGAUUAUCAUUUCGCUGGAAGAGGUCAUCAACAGUGACAUACCACGUGAAUCAGGUGACAUCGAUCCGCAGUUUAAUUUGGUCGAGAUAUCGGAUGAAGUUCGGGCCGAAUUGGCGACCAUUCCGAACGUUAUUGGUGCCUAUAAUUGCAAACUUUGUCGUCUGGAAUUCGAAGAUUGCUUUGGAUUAGCGCAGCAUCGCUGUGCUUGUAUUGUACUUUUGGAAUAUCGUUGCCCGGAAUGCAGCAAACGAUUCAAUUGUCCGGCCAAUUUGGCUUCGCAUCGCAGGUGGCACAAACCACGAGAUCAAAUUGCCAAGAAGGGUGACACGGACAAAGCCGAGGAUCCGGAGUGCAAGUACCGGUGCGAUCAGUGCAACAAAACCUUCAAGCGUCCUGCCUAUCUCAAAAAACAUCAACUUACGCAUAACAAAUCGAAAAGCAAAUCUAAACAUAAUCAAUCAAGUGCCGAAAGCGAAAUCAACGCAACAAUCAAUAAUGCCACCAACUAUCGCAGCAGUGGCGAGGAAGAGUCCAAUCAUUCUGCCGAGAGUAGUAAUACCGUGUACGUGAACCACAUGACCGAAAUACCCCAGACCGUGUUCACUGUGGUGGCCAGCGCACCUCCACUUCCGGUUCCGGCCGAGCUGACCCACCACAACUAUCACAAUUCCAGCUCGCAACCUUCGACGGCUGAGCACAGCGAGAUGGACGAGGACGAUGACUACGAAGAGCGGGCCCUGGUGAUCAACGAGGAUUACCAGCAGCCGGACGAGGACGACGAAAUGGACGACAUCCGGUCUGCUUACUGUAGCCGGUUCACCGAGGAGGAAAACAUCGCUGCCGCUGCCCUGGCUCAUCUUAGAAAUGGACCAUCCGUCAUACGACAUACCACCGCCUUGGUUGUCUGAGCAGGAACCUAGAACUCGUAAGUUGCCUAAUCAUUAGAAUAGUUGCUUAAGGAUUAUCGCGGUGAACAGUGCGGCACUUUUUUAGCUCCUAGCUCCUUGAAGCCGAACCAAGUGCCUUAACGUUAAUAAAACCACACGUGAUGGUUACCUUUCAUUACUUCAUUUUUUAAUCAUCGACACUUGUUUCGGUUUCAUAGGGAUUUUCGAAACCUUUUGAACAACAUCUAUGUAAUUUUUCGGUUGGUUUAUCUGUAAAUUUUCCCAACCGAAAUAAGUUUAAAUCAGCAUCACACCAAAUAACAAACAAACAAAAGACUUGCGCGAGUGAAUCAAGACUGUGUGUACAUAAACAAUUUUGUAAGUGGCAUAUGAAGCUUUUUUUAGUUAGUUCAAUAAGACUGUGGAGCCAAGCUCUUUAUCUAUUCACUUCUUUAGAUUAAGACUCUGACGGAAUGUUCUUUCGGUUUGUUUUUUCUCUUUGAUCUUAACCGCUUUGUUUCUAAAUUUUAUUUAUUUUAUUUCUGUUCAUGUUUCUACUGUGUCUUUCAUUAAAACAUAACUUGUUAUUCCUUUCGAAUAAUUGUUUUGUUUGGUGAAUUUAAAACUCUGUUCUGAUUUUUUUCAACCUCCUUUUAUUCAUUCUUGUCUAAACUUAAACAUUGAAAUUCCACAUUAUAGUUAGCAAUUUUGAAAGUUCUGUUUGAGUGUUGCUAUUCCCCACUGUUCUUCUCCUCAACAUUAAGUUCAAAUCGCCACAAUCCAGGAACUUCCGUCCUCCAAAACUUCAUGUACAUUCGAUCGGUCGAUUUUCGAAAAAUUACCGCAUCAAACCCCAAAGAUGAGUAUCCAUCUAGUCAUUCUCCUAGGUUUAAGCAAAGUAUACUUAUUUAAAACAGAAAGAGCUUAAUAUAUGUAUUAAUAUAAUAAUUUAUUGCAUCGGAUCACCAAAAUGUGUGCAUCUAGUCCAACACACACUACCCGUGUAAAAUCUUUCAAACCAAAAACUAAUUUAGAUUUUCAUAGAUUAGACCAAAGUCAGCGUUAGGUUUAGUUCUAAAUCGGAAGACAAUAUCCUCCCCCUUCGUUGUCUGCAUGGAAGACAAACUUUAAGUGAGAUAGGCUUAGAGAUCUUUUUAGCUUAGGUUUACUUUUUGUCGCAUGAUUUACUUUUUCUCAGUUCCCCAUUUAAAUUCAUUUUUUCAUUUGUCAACAAAUUGCUUAUUUCGGAAACGGACAAAAGCAUCAGACGCAGGUUCGGGGUCAGCUUUUGCAAUCGAGUGGAAAUUGUGCCAUAUUAAGCGUUUAGAAAAGAAAAGGUUAGACGGCAAACUUGAACGAUGAAUUGUAAAGCUAGUUUUAAAUGGACAGGUUCACAGUCAAGGGAAUUUUAAUUUAAAAAUGGUAGAUCUAGUCAGCACAGGAAAUAGUCACCGUUGAAUUUCUAGUCACAUCCUUCUGGUCAAUAGUUAAGUGUAGAUUUCAAAUCUAGUCAGCCUCCGUUUAGAGUUACUUUCGAUUCUAGUCAACCUAGUCGGUUUCAUCAA